GACAUCAAGCUUCAAGGAGUCUCUCCACAGAAAGCUGUUCACAGAAGCUCCACAGCCUCCACACUGACCCUGAAGAUGACUCCCUCUACCAGCCUGCUACUGCUGCUCCUGCUCGGCCUCUCUCAGGCACAGCCUCUCCAGGAGGAAGGAGACCAAGAAGAAGUCCCAAACACUGUGGACAUCACCACUGGGAUUCUGACCUCCAACAAUAACACAGAUGAGAUCCUCCUGGAAGGAGACCUGCUGGCUCCCAGAACCAGAAACGCCAUGACGUGUUGGGCCCAAAGCUGCCUGUGGAAGAAAGGCUCCAAUGGCUUGGUGACGAUCCCCUACACUGUGAGCCGUGAGUUCAGCGGCUCUGAGAGGCAGACGAUCGAAUAUGCCUUGAGGUCCUUCCACAGCAGCACCUGCAUCCGCUUCGUCCCCUAUCAGAACCAGUACGACUUCAUCAGCAUUGAGAACAAAGGAGGAUGCUUCUCAGCUCUGGGCAAACAGGGGGGCAGACAGGUGCUCUCUCUCAACAGGCAGGGCUGCCUCCUCCACGGCAUCAUCCAGCACGAGACCAACCACGCUCUGGGCUUCCAGCACGAGCAGACCAGGAGUGACCGCGACUACUAUGUCAGGAUCAACUGGCAGAACAUCAACCCGCAGAUGGCCUACAACUUCCACAAACAGGCCACCAACAACCUCAACACUCCCUACGACUACUCCUCCAUCAUGCACUAUGGAAGAACAGCCUUCUCCAUCCAGUACGGAAGGGACUCCAUCACCCCCAUCCCCAACCCCAACGUCCAGAUUGGACAGAGGCAGGGGAUGUCCUACUGGGACAUCCAGAGGGUCAACCUGCUCUAUCGUUGCUAAAUAUAGUGUUGAUGAAAUUCAAAUCAAUCACACUUUUUCAGAUUUUAAUCAGAUCCUACAAAAAAAAGUGGAUAUGAUAAUGUAGAUCAUAGAUAAUUCUUCUUCUUCACUUGGUUCAGAUGUUCAGAUCACACAACAAUUAGAACUCCAUAUCUAAAACAUAUUUAAUAAAUCUAAUGCAACAGAUGA